AUGUCGUACUAUUCGUCCUCCCGGAGCUCGUCCCGGGCCACCGACUGUAAAGUUUAUGUUGGUGACCUCGGGAAUGGUGCUGCCAAGGGGGAGUUGGAGCGAGCAUUCAGUUAUUACGGCCCAUUGAGGACCGUGUGGGUGGCCAGGAACCCACCUGGCUUCGCCUUUGUAGAGUUUGAGGAUCCCCGAGAUGCAGAAGAUGCUGUCAAAGGCAUGGAUGGAAAGAUCUUGUGUGGGUCCCGUGUUCGUGUGGAGAUGUCCACAGGGCUCUCCAGGAAGGGCCGUGGACGCCCCAGUCGGCGCCAGUUUGAUCCCAACGAUCGGUGUUACCAGUGUGGGGACCGGGGCCACUAUGCCUACGACUGCUACCGCUACAGCAAGAGAGGUCGGCGCAGUAGCAGGUCUCGGUCCCGGUCCCGCUCCAGGUCCAGAUCUCGUGGACGACACUAUCGCUCUCGAUCUCACAGUCGUAGCCGCAGCUACAGCCGGAGCCAUCGCAGAUCUCCAUCUUAUUCCAGACGCAGAAGCAGGUCUGGGUCCCCAGCUCGGUCCAAGUCCAGGACCCCAGUGAGAAGCCGCUCUCGGUCUCGGUCUGGCUCUGCACCCAGGAGGCGCUCUGUGUCCCGUUCCCGCUCUCGAUCACCAUCUGCUAACCACAAGAGAGCCAGCGUGUGGUGGGAGCUGAGCACUGCACAGACACCGCAGCUGAUCCCAGGCCCAGGGUCUGCCAGCUGGCGGUGUGCUCGUCCUGCGGGAGGGUGACUAAGAGCUGACCUGAGAUCAGCCUUCGCCUGCAUCUGACGUUAGACAGCGAGAAAGAGGUCGACCUACCGACCGAACCCUCCCCCUCAGUGAACGGAUGACUGUCUGUUCAACCGACGCACACGCUCAGACGAGAUCAGCCCGCACAUGCAUUCAAUUGUUCUACUAGAGUCACCCGGCCAGCCUUCAGAUCUACCAGAGGGCUGACCCACACAGAUCAGAGUUCGGCCUUUUUUAAUCCAUUACCUACCAACCAGACCCCCCUACCUACCAGAGUUCUUCACCUCUGUCUUAGCUUCUGAAAGUGAGAGAGAGCUGAUGAGAGAUCAGUCUUCAAGAGCCUCCCGGCGCAGUGUCUCUCCGAGUUGUAGUCAUCCGUCCUUCAGUCCUUUGAUCCUUCGCUUCUCUGUACUUGUUGUUUCUGCCGCUGUCUCCAAAGGUAACCAAAAAUCAACCCCCCUGACAAGCUCAUGUUGAUGGUGACACAAAAUGUUCAGGCUUGCUAGAAUUGAGCCUUAAACAAGCAUGCUCUGAGUGCAGAUGUGCGGCUGAAUGUGGGAGUGAGUGGGUGGUUGAGUGAGUGCAACACAGGCAGGCACAUGAAAUGUUAAAAGGUGUAAUGUGAGGAGGGUUUUUAUCACACAUGGUGCUACAGCUUUUGUUUGUAAGAUCUUUAGGAUAAACUGUAAAUGUGUUAGAAUAUAAAAGAGGAUUGAGAUAGUGCCAAUAGGAUGGGCUUAUCUGGCUUUACUACAUCUUUAAUUUAGCACUGCAGAGCAGUGUUACUUUGCAAAGGAGAAAACCCAUCUUCUCCUGUUGCAAGCUAAUUCCUUUCCGUUUCUGUUUCAGUCGCUCCUGCUCGGCAAGUCCAAACCGAAGCCCUACCCCUGCAGACGACUGAGUGAAGAAGACUUAGCCCCCUUCCCCUCUCCACUGUCCUAAACGGACAGCCCCUCAACUGUCUGUUUAUACAGCAGCUGCUUUUGUUUGGUUGUUUUGGUAUUAUUCUGUCUUUUCUCUCUUAUUUCCAGAUCAUUUUUUUACCUUCAGGACUACCGUCUCUACAGCUUCAGAUUGUUCUGGAUAAUUUGGCUGUUUCACAGACAGGAAUAUAAAUGGGAGUAGUACUUUUAAAUGUUGUUGCUGCUAUGUAAGUAAACCUUAUUUUCAACAGUGUAGCACAGGUAGGCUGCAACACCUUGAAUACAUUUGACUUUUAGCAGUAAAAUUCAGUUCUUCCAGCGAAAUGUGGUGAGGAUCAGUUCGGAUAUGGAUAUUAAAAUGAGUUAAAGUAUUAAAACUCUCCCUAUUGGCAAAAACCUGUCACAUUCUGGGAUGUUGAUUGGGUCUUCAAAUGUUUUAUAUUUGUCUCCAGUUCAUAAAGAAAUAGUUGUUGGUCUGCAUGCCUUUGAGUUUAAGGUCACAUUGUUUUCUGAUGUUUCCCUUCAUGAACAUAACUGAAUAAUAUUACUGUGUUUAAUGGAUUCCCGUUGAGUUUGAUUAGUGGCUCUGACUGGAUUUUAAAACACAUACAAGUCAGGACAGCUCUAGCUUUGUGUUUUUUUUUCUGUUCAUGGCUUUAGAAGUAAAAGUGUGGCAAUUUUAUUUUUGAAUAAACCUCUUCAACAUA